GGGCUCUUUCCUCUCCCCGCCGAGCACAUGAAUGGGAGCAGUGUCGGUGAUGGAGGUGCUGAUGAUUUCUGUGCUGGAGGAGAACCGCGGUCGGAGCGCUGCCGUGCCAGCGGAGUGUAGAUUCUAUGACGGCGACUUCCACAAGAGUGAGGUAAUCCUGGUGCAGGUAAACCCAGGUGAAGCCUUCACAAUUCGACGAGAGGAUGGUCAGUUUCAGUGUAUCACAGGUCCUGCUCAGGUUCCCAUGAUGUCUCCUAAUGGUUCAGUGCCUCCAAUCUAUGUGCCUCCUGGAUACGUUUCACAGAUCAUAGAAGAGAAUGGAGUGCGGCGGGUUCUGGUCUUACCUCAGCAACCAGAGUUCCACCCAGGGGGGCACUCCCCUCUCCACCACCCUCCACCUCCACCCCAUGCCCACCUGCCUGCCUUCAUCCCACACCCUGCCAUGAUGGCCCCACCACCACAUAUGUACACAGGCAUGGCCGGAGGUGUGGGCGACAUGAGUUCCCAGUACAUCUCCCAGUACCAUCCAGCUCAUAUGUACUCAGAGCAGGUCUCAACAGAUUCUCACUCCCAACACGGACGCCCACCGUUCGUCCACCGAGACGACAGGACGAGCAAAACAUACGAGCGUCUGCAGAAGAAGCUGAAGGAGCGUCAGGGAGGAGGAGGAGGAGGGCAGAUGAAGGACAGCCCUCCCCAUUCGCCACAGAAGACGUGCAGUAGCCCCACGACGGUGGACAUUCACAAUGGCGUUGGAGGAAAAGGCCCAGAAGUGGAGAAGGAGCAGCUCAGCCACGCAGUGGCCGGGUGCGACAAGCACACGGGCCGGGGCAGAAACGGAGAUUCAGGAGAGCUGGACGAAGAGGCUCGAGCGCUGCAAGCUCUGCUGAGCACCAUCAGUAAACCAGUGGUGUCGGACAUCCAAGCUAGAGGAGUGGUGGUGAGCUGGAGCGCCCCCUCCAGGCCAGAGAGCGAUGGCACCAACGUGGAGGACGACUCCAGUCCGCUGGAGGCCUUCAGCUACGAGGUCUCCGUCUCAUUUAGCGGCAAAGAUGGAAAGUACAAGACCAUGUUUUGUGGAGAAGAACUAAGUGCUACUUUAGAAGACCUUCGACCAGCAACAGACUAUCACGUCAGAGUCCAGGCCAUGUGUAACUGUUUACAGGGAAGCCCGUCAGAGGCCGUGAGCUUCACCACUUUAAGCUGUGAGCCCGAUCGCCCCAAUGCUCCCAAGAAGGCCAGCGGGACCAAGAACGCGCUCGUCCUCCAGUGGAAGGCUCCAUGCGACAAUGGUUCCAAAAUCCAAAACUACAUUCUUCAGUGGGAUGAGGGGAAGGGCACUGGAACAUAUGAGCAGUGCUACUAUGGACCUCAGAAACAGUACAGAGUGACCAAGCUUUCACCGGCGUCAAGAUACUCCUUCCGCCUUUCAGCCAAAAAUGACAUGGGCGCCAGCGAGUUCAGUGAAGUGGUGGACCUGUUCACCUCAUGCAGUGUGCCAUUGCCACCCUUCCCUCCAGAGCUGGAGAAGGCGGGCGUGACCUGGCUGUGUCUGAAAUGGCAGAGACCCACCAGCUCUCCAAAGGAGGACGACAUCUACUACAUUUUGGAGAUGGAGGAGGAAGGCUCGGGAUACGGCUUUCAGCCCAGCUACGACGGCGAUGAGCUCUCCUGCACCAUCAGGAAUCUCCACAGGAGUACCAAGUAUAAAUUUCGGGUGGCGGCGUACAACUCGGAGGGGAAGAGUAACCCGAGUCAGGUGGUCGAGUUCAUCACGAACCCGGACAGACCCAGCUGCCCCUGCAGGCCUGUCAUCCGAGGACGAGUCUUGCCCAACAGCUUCAAAAUGGCCUGGGAGCCCCCAAAAGAUAGCGGUGGAGCAGAAGUCACAAAGUACGUCGUGGAACUGUCGGAGGGUUUAAGUGGUUUGUCCUGGGAGCUGGUUUACUCGGGUCCGGCCAUGGAGCACGUGUGUGAGGGUUUGAAACCUGGCUGCUCGUACCAGACGAGAGUGUACUGCAUGAGCGAGGGGGGGCAGAGCCCGCUGUCGGAGACCCUGCAGGUCCAGACUCCCGCGGUGCCCCCCGGGCCCUGCCAGCCCCCACGGCUGGUGGGCAAGCCCAAAGCCAGGGAGGUGCAACUGCGCUGGGGUCCCCCUCUGGUAGACGGAGGCAGUCCGGUUUCCUGCUACAGUGUCGAAGUGAGUGGGCCGCAGUCUGAGGAGAGCAGGGAGGUUUACCAGGGUCCAGAGCUUGACUGCUCUGUGGGAGCUUUAAUGCCUGGCAAAACCUACAGCUUCCGGCUCAAGGCGGCGAACAAGGCUGGGUUCGGGCCUCUUUCAGAGCGCUGUGAAGUCACGACCGGCCCCGGGGCCCCUGAGCAGUGUCGGGCUCCGUCCACCACAUGUAAAUCUCCCAGCUGUGUUGUUGUGACCUGGGAGGCUCCUGCCUGUAAUGGCGCUCCAGUGACAGAGUAUCGUUUCGAGUGGGGAGCUGCUGAAGGAAGCAUGCAGGUGUGUUACAGCGGACCAGGACUCGGCCAUGAAAUGAAGGGGCUGCUGCCUGCAACCAACUACUUCUGCCGGGUACAGGCUGUGAACGUGGCCGGCGUGGGGCCCUUCAGCGAGGCCGUCCUGUGUCAGACGCCCUGCUCUGUGCCGGCGGCCGUCAGCAACAUCUACGCCCUGAGGGAGUCCGAGCUGUUGAGGUACGGCGCUCCGGCAGACACCGAGGAGGAGGAGGAGGAGGACGACGACGAGGAGGAGGAGGAGGAAGAAGACGAGGAGGAAAGCGGCACCCGGCCGUUGCCGCCGCCGCUCUACUCGCCGUCCACGUGUCUUGGUAUUCGCUGGGACCCUCCGUGCGACCACGGCUCUGAGAUCACGUCCUACCUGCUCGACCUCGGAGAGCGACAGCCCGUCGUCAUCGGCCCCGUCAGCAAACACAUCAUCCAGAAUCUGCAGCCUGACACCAGCUACAGGAUCCGAAUCCAAGCCCUGAACAGUCUGGGCGCCGGCCCUUUCAGUCACACCUUUAAGCUGAAGACAAAGCCCCUGCCCCCGCAGCCUCCUCGCCUGGAGUGCACCGCCUUCAGCCACCAGACUCUCAGGCUCAAAUGGGGCGACGGCCCAGCCAAAGCUGCCACCUCGGACGUCCUCCAGUAUCACCUGCAGAUGGAGGACAAGAGCGGCAGAUUUAUCUCCUUGUAUAAAGGACCAUGCCACACACACAAAGUCCAGAGGCUUAAUGAGUCUACCUCGUACAUGUUCCGCAUCCAGGCCUUUAAUGAGGCGGGCGAAGGGCCCUUCUCCAAUGUUUACACGUUCACCACCCCACGCUCUCCUCCAGCCCCCGUCAAAGCCCCUAAAGUGGAACGUCUGGAUGACAACUCCUGUGAAGUCACAUGGGAGACCCUGCCGCCCAUGAAGGGAGACCCCGUCACCUACACGUUGCAGUGCAUGAUGGGAAACUCGGAGUUUAAACAGGCAUACAAAGGCUCUGCCACUUCCUUCCACGUGCAGAACAUGCAGCCCAAUAGUGACUACCGCUUCCGUGUGUGUGCGAUCAGGCAGUGUCAGGACGCCCCGGAGCUGAGCGGCCCCUACAGCCCCACAGUGACGCUCUCGCCACAGCGGAGCGACACGGCGACAGGCGGCGGCAGCUCGACCGGCUCGGGCUCCAGAGCCGGCGCCGAAUCAGGCCGGUCCAGGCGCAGCCUGACGGACGAGCAGUGCGCUUUCCUCAUCCUCAUGGUGUUCGCCGUCAUCGCCAUCCUCAUCGCGUUUGUUAUCCAGUACUUUGUCAUUAAAUGAGUUUAGUUUUAGUUUUUUUUCUGUUGCGUCACCCAGCUGCAGGGUUAUAGCUUUAUUCUCCUCCUCCUACAACCGUCUCUGUUGUUGUUUUGUAAGCUUUUUCAUUUUAUACCGAUAUGUUUUUCCGUCGUCAACACAGUAAUCGCAUUACUUGUAUAGUCGGGAGAGGAACGAGCCGGCGAUAAAUCGACUCUCCUGCCUUUGUCGUCACGUGUUCAGUUUGGAUUUGCGUUAUGAUCGGCUUCCUGUGCGUUAGGAACUCGCGGUAAAGAGCAGGGAUUCUGUUAAUUUUGGAGGGAAAGCUUCAACUUAUGUACUCACUGAUUACCACAUACACGUGUGUAUAUAUAUAUAUAUAUAUAUAUACUUACACACAUGUGUAUGUAUAUGUAGUUAUUAUUUAUAUUUCUAGUUAUGUGUCCAGGUUUUUGGUAGGUGUGUGUAGUCUGUAGGUUUUGAUUCUGGGACCUGGUGGGCCAGUGUUUGCACAGUGAGGUGUGUGUGUGUGCGUGUAUGCGUGCGUGUGUGUGUGUGUGUGUCGUACGUAGUUUGUGCCACCGAGGUACACGGCUGGGAGGGGCUUAACGGCCACGUGAAGGGACCCCCAGCUGGAGUUAAUGGGGUCUUUAGUGAGAGGUAGAAACGAAAAGAAAUAAUAAUAAAUAUAAAAAAAUAGACACAUUUUUAUAUUUAUAUGUAUAUAUUUAUAUAUAUAUCUAUAUAUAUAGAUAUAUAUAUAUAGAAUAUUAAAAAAUAUAUAUCUCGCUCACAUUGUAGAACGUUCAUUUAGCACUUUCAUCCUUUUUUUUUUUUGAUGUUGAGAAUGUUUAAGGAUGCAAAGAUGACUGGAGAAAAUGUUAGUAUAUUUUUGUACAGUGACGACGACGACGCAAAGGACCUGUAAGUUUGAGGAGACAAAAAAAUCUUUAUAUAUAUACAUAUAUAUAUGUAUAUAUAUAUA